AUAUCCUUCAGUGCUAUUCUUUCUAAUUUCAACCCUCUCUCCGCUAAGGAUGAUGUUCGACCGAUAAUCUCCGAGCGCUAUCGUCUCCAGGAUAAGGUGGCAAUGCAUUUGGCGCCCCCUUCAUCCCUUUCUUCGAUCACCCUCUCGUUCGGCGAUCAAAUCCUCCACACUCUUCAGUCACCCGUCCAUCAGGCCAUCGAGCCUAGCUCUAUUGAUUCUGAUAUGCCUGAUCCCACAGCUAUUAGUCUUACACUUUCCUCAGUCAUUGCAAUACCCGAGGUGUUUAGUAACCAGACUGGUUGUCAAGGUGCCCAUGACCUAUGCCAACGCCCUGGACAGGAAGCGGGCUUCGGAUCUGUUCUAUCCAUACCAGACGUUACCAGUCUCUACGAGCCGAUUCACACCUCUGAUCAGGCUUAA